AUAGACUUUAAUGGUCCUAAUAAAUCAUUUUUCGUUUUUAGUUAUUAACCAUUUAUUUAAAGUUUGGAGGGCGAACUGAUCACAUUCGCUUUCCAAUUUCUUUUCAGUUUCUCCCUUCCUAUUGUCGCUUGAUUCCUGGUGCUGGCAUGGAUACAAGAUUGAAAAGAGCUGCUCGAGCAGGAAAUGUUAGCGAUUUGUAUUCAAUAAUCGAGAGAGACGGAAAUGUUUUGAAGAACUUGGAUGAGGUGGAGUUCGUCAAUACUCCAUUACAUAUUGCUGCAGAGAAUGGGUGUACUGAGUUUGCAAUGGAGAUUCUGAGUUUAAAACCAUCCUUUGCUAGGAAGCUCCACCGAGGCUUGAGCCCUAUUCACCUUGCCGUCCAGGCAGGGCAUAAAGAGAUGGUGUUACGUUUCAUUGAAAUCGAUAAAGAUCUGGUUCGUAUCAGAGGGAAGAGUGGUGAGACUCCAUUGCACUACAUUAGUAGACUUGGAAACUACGAUGGUCUCUUAGAUAAAAUUCUUGAGACUUGUCCUGAUUGUAUUCGAGAUGUUACAACCAUAAAUAGCACUGCUUUGCAUAUUGCAACGGAAAGCAAUAGAUUGGAUGUUCUCCAAGUUCUAAUUAGAACUCUAAAGAAGAAAGACUACUGCCGGGAAGUGGUGAACGGAAAAGACAAAGAUGGCAACACUGCACUUCACAUAGCUGCCAGGAAUAAUCAACCCGAGAUGCUCAAAUUGCUAUUGAACUGCAAGGCUGAUAAGUAUGACACCAAUCAACAUGGUUUGACGGCACUUGAAGUUGCACAAGAACAUAAUAGUCGAGAAAGCAUUACUAUUCUACGUGGUUGCUUUUUUCCUGUAUUUUCAAACUUCAAUCAUAAGAUGGAGAAACAAAUCAUGGCGUCUGCGACAAAAGCAUCAUUACUAAUAUUUCAUGAUAUGGAUAAUAUCUCAGACCAAGAUCGCAAUGCCUUACUAGUAAUUUUAGGACUCCUUCUAACUACAACCUACCAAGCAAGUCUUAGUCCGCCUGGUGGUGUUUGGCAGGGCGACAGUCCGUCAGAGCCAUUUCAUCAUAGACCUCUUGAAGAAAGAGAUUCACCGGGGAGUAUAGGGACAUCAGUCCUGGGUGAAUCCUAUUUCCUAAUUUUCUAUAUUCUAGCCUAUGUUGUCUUUAUCGUAACCUAUUUCCUAACACUAGCCCUGCUUAAACCUUUUCCCAAUGGUUUCAGGACAGCCCUUGAAGUAUUACUUGCGUUCCUUGCGAUGUGUUUCGACCAAUCACUGUCUUCCAUAGCCCCAACUUUUUCAAUAGCUGUAACUCUUCGUAUAUUUUCAACUAUUAUUUUCAUUUUAAUGGUGUUCGUGUGUAUCGCAUAUCAUCAGGUAUCAAAACUCAGUGUUUCAAUCGUGGGAUGUUGGAUAUUCCCUUCGUAUUCUCUUUCCCUUUUUGCUGGAGAAAAAGUUGUAGCUGUAAUUCAAGUAUUUUUGUUAUUCCUUGUUCUAUAUGAUGAAUUUUGGAAAGGAACCAUUUUAGCUGUAGGUUAUAGUUUAUUUGUCAGGAUUGAUGCCAUCGCUGAUCAUGGUGGUGGUUAUAGUAGUUAUGGAUGGGGAUACCCUGCUGUAUUCAUAGGAUGUUGGUUUUUCUUUAAUCUAUCUCAAGUUUGCAUAAAGCGGUGCAUUCGAUGCUGUAAAAAGUAAUUAGUCAAAUUGGCAAUUGAGGAUGUAUACUGAUUCUGGUUUUGUAUAUAUUUGUAAUAUGUCAAUAUACUAUUUCAUUUUAGGCUUUAUUUCA